CUUAGUUCCAAAUAUGGUUAAUAAUUUUCCACCCCCGCGCGUAUGACAGUGGUAUCGUCUGUAUUCCGUGUAGAAAUCCUCCAAGCAGAGCCGAAAAGCAAAUUUCGAGUCGAGGACCUUUCGAGAGAAGGGAAAAUAUUAUUGUAAAUUAUACAACGGGAAUUUAUAUCCGACUCUUGUACAGUUUUAGCAAUGUCUACUCCAGCACGAAGGCGACUCAUGAGAGAUUUUAAAAGACUUCAAGAGGAUCCUCCAGCUGGUGUUAGCGGUGCUCCGUCAGAAAAUAAUAUCAUGGUAUGGAAUGCAGUGAUAUUUGGGCCAGAAGGAACUCCCUUUGAAGAUGGUACAUUCAAACUGACUGUAGAAUUCACAGAAGAAUACCCAAAUAAACCACCCACAGUCAGAUUCAUCUCAAAAAUGUUUCAUCCUAAUGUAUAUGCAGAUGGAAGCAUAUGUCUUGACAUCCUACAAAAUCGUUGGAGUCCAACUUAUGAUGUGUCAUCAAUUCUUACCUCAAUCCAGUCUUUGCUUGAUGAACCAAACCCUAACAGUCCAGCUAACAGCCAAGCAGCUCAACUUUACCAGGAGAACAAACGGGAGUAUGAGAAGCGUGUGUCGGCUAUUGUUGAGCAGAGCUGGAGGGACAGCUGACCAUACAC